AUGGGUCCUAUGGAAAUAAACUUGGACACGAAGGGGCCUCUUCCAGGCAUCCCUGGGAGCCGGAUCAAUCUAUACGUAGCGGGCGAUACAGUAAGUGGACAUGUAAAAGUUCAUGUCGCCCGCGAGGCCAUUAAGAGCCUCACAAUCGAAUUUACUGGCAAUUUACAUGCACAGUUAAUCAGUGGUUCAAGGUUGCAACAAAAGAACAGUCUAUUCAAUUUCACAGUUUCUCCAACGACGUCUGCGGAUGGGGUUUAUCCGUUUAGUUUUCAGCUUCCGGGUACUGUAGUCGUUGCGCCAGAUGAGUCUAUGGCGCCUCGACAUGUACCCAUAGCACCGCAGUCACUGCUUCCAUCAUUUACAUUCGGACUUCCGAAUGAGAACAUGUUUGCAAAAGUUGAAUACCUGGUUAUCGCGAAAUUGGUUCAUAAGGGAACCAUUUUCACAAAGAGGGAUAGCGAAACAAAGACGAUAAAUAUUUCUGCGGCGCCUAUCGAAGACCUAUCCCUUCUCUCAUCGUCACCUGCAUCUCACAUCUUCCAAUUACAGACUCCCAAACUGCGACCUGGUAUGGAACAUUAUAAGCCGACCGCAAUGGAAAGAUUUUCGAGCUUUCUCGGCAACGUUCACCAAGGUUUCCAAGAUCCAAAAAUUUUAGUAGAUCUCGGAGCAGAGCUACCCAACUCUCUCGCUCUGGGAUCACAAAUACCGACAUCGAUUUCGAUCAACUUACUUCCCGACUCACACGGUAUUGAGACGCCGCCUCGAAUAUACCUCCUGAAAGCCGAAGCAAAGCUUCAAAUCAUAACAGAACUCGCCGUUCAAACUGGCACCAAGAAAAAGAUGACUUCUAUGGACCUUUGCUCUAGGGGAUGGGAUUCUCGGACCAUGCCGAUCGAAUACGGAUAUCAACAUAAAAUCGACUUAACAAAUUGGGUUUCGGAAAAUUUUGUCCACGAUGUCGGAAAUCAGCUCGUUCCAACAUUUCACACUGCAAAUUUAAAAAGAAAAUACAGAUUGGAUUUGGAAAUAUGGCUAGAAUGUGUCGGAGAGGUUUGGAAAAAAACCUUUGAGAGGGAGUUAGUACUGUUGCCGGCAUAUGUGGGAGAAGCGCCGAAAGCGCCUCUACCAACACCAGCGCCGACACGGACCUUGACGGCGGCGUCACCAGUGGUGGGCGAGAAGGCAAUGAUGAUGCCCAUGAACUCUAUACAACCAGACGCGGUUUAUGAUGCACCGCCGCCAGAGUAUACAGAAUUACAGGGUAACCCAUGA